GGGGAGGAGCAGCGCCAGUAACCGGACACCGACUGUCGGAGCGGCUGCUGGCCGGUCAGAGCGCAACGAAGCCCGGUGGCAGCAGACAGCAGCGGGGCGGAGAACAGAGUCACACCGAGGAGCAGCAGCCGAGCAGGGGCAGCGUGAGGCGGAGGCUCCGGUCCUCCCUGCCGGACUUUAACGGGCUUUAAGCCGCUCUCAGCGCCUCCUCCCGCCGCUCCGUUACCGGAGUUAAAGUGCUGAAGUAGCGGAGCUCCGAGACAUGAAGAAGAACAGCUCCGGGAAACGGGGUCCGGCGGACUCGGUGCCGCAGAACGCUCCACCGGACAAAGUGGGCUGGAUCAGGAAGUUCUGCGGGAGGGGCAUCUUCAGAGAGAUCUGGAAGAACAGAUUUGUGGUUCUCAGAGGAGACCAGCUGUUCAUUUGUGAGAAAGAGGUGAAGGAGCUGGGUCGGGCUGACGAGGUGUUGGACCUGUCGGACUAUGAGCGCUGUGAGGAGAUCAGGAAGAACAAGAGUCGCAGCAAAAAGAACCACAGCAAGUUCAGACUGCAGCGCUGCAGCUCACCAGGGAACUCGGUUCCUAACCUGGUCUUCCUGGCCGUCAGUCCAGAGGAUAAAGAGUCGUGGAUCUCCGUCCUGAACACCGCUAUCACCAGAGCCAAGAACCGCAUUCUGGACGAGGUGAUGGUUGAAGACUCUCAGCUGUCUCAUUUAACUCGAGAUCGAGUGAAGAUUCCUCACAACCGCCGGCUGCCGACCAGAGGUCACCUGCUGGCUGUGGCGUCCACCUCAUCCUCAGAUGGGAUGCUGACUCUGGACCUGAUCCAGGAGGAGGAUGCUGCGUCUCCUCAGGGCACUGAUGGCUUCAGGGUCGACCUCGAUAAAUCCCACCUCACUCCACACUGUCCCAGGUCCAAAACAGAUGGCGCCAUCUCAGCUCGGACCUCCGAGGCUUCUGGGAAGUCUCAGAGUCUUCCCCGUGAGGUGGCAGUGGUGUGGGAGCAGACGGGCCCGGCCCAAACCCCCCAACCAGGAAAACGCCUCACAACAGCAGAGAAGAACCGCUGUGCCUCCAUGGACGAGAUCCUGACACACUCUGAGACUAAAGCUGCCAAGAACAAAACAGUGUCUUGUACGUCGGCUUCCUCGCCGACCAGCACAGCAGCGCCCAUCAGCCAGCUGCAGGACCUCAUCGGUCAGAAGCUGGAGAAGACGGAGCAGCUGCUGACAGAGGUCCGGAUGCACGCUGAGGGGGAACGGGGGAAGUCAAAGGGCGGGACUGAUGGAACGCGAGCUGAAGCCGAGAGGCUCCUGAAAGAGGCGACGGCGGCCUGGAACCAGGCCCGCGAGGUUCUGGAGGAGGUAAAGGAGCUGAGGGCGCUCUACCGACAGUUGGACUCCACCUCCGCCAUCAGCCCCUCCAACAGCACCAAACUGAGCCCCGACCGCAAGAGCCUGAUGUAAACCGGGCCGACUCAGACAGGUGGGAGCUUCUUCAAACUGGUCAGAGCUGGUUUAGACUGGUAGGAGCUGGUUCAGACUGGUAGGAACCGGUUCAGACCAGUCCAGUCCAGUCCAGUCCAGGUAAAGACACAAGGCUGAAGGCUGAAGCUGCUUCUGUUUGAUGGACGUCAGACGAGCUGAGAACUUUAAAUUAUUUUGACAGAUUCAGGUUUUAGUUUUGCAGGAAGCAGGACUGUAGAAGCUCGAUGCCCACAGGUUCACAACACACCUCCUUCAGAAACAUCCAGACCUGGAUUUCCAGGUUCCCUAAGUCUCCUAUCGACUGUCUGAUCGGUGGUUGUUAAAAAAGCGAUAGCACGGGUACUUUAAAGGAAACUUUUCUGUUGUCAAAGUGGAUAAAAAUGUGCCAAGAGGAGAGUUUGGAGACUAAUCUGUGGUCCUGGAUCCUUCAUGUUCUGCUCUGAGGUUUCUUUGGAGGAACAUUUAUGCAGCUGGACGGUACGAAUACAGGAUGUAGUGGAGCUGUGAGUCUCAGAGGUGAAGGCCUUUUUUAACUGAUCAUCUUUAUUGAUUUGGAGGACUAUUAAGGAGAACUUUUAUUUUAAACCACAGACGUGUCUGUACGGAACAACAGAAGAUGUGAUAACUGCAGCAGCAGUGGAGGCUUUUUGGGAGUAAAUGGUAUUUUACUCACCCUUUCUGGAGCUUUUAACACCAUCCCAUUACCUUCUUCAGCAAAAAAUGACCUGCUCAGGGGUCAUUAACGGUUUUAAGGACCUUCAGUUCUUUUCUUUACACCUGCAAGGAGGUUCUGCUGCCAUCAGGUGCAGGUCCGUUACUUGGUUCUAAAUCAGUUGGUGUUGCUGGUUUUGGUCUCGUUUUCAGUUUUAGAACGUCACGUCAAAACUAGUCCCACCUUCACAGAACACCUGCUGUUCUCUGAAAGAAGUUCAGUUCAUAACGGACUGAAGAAGGCUGUGUGAUGUGGUUGAAAGCUCCUGAAAGGACUGGUGAGCUUUUCCACAAAAAAAAAAGUAAAUGUAAUAUGACUGUAGAUGAAGAAGUUGAUAGUGAAAAGACAUGUCUUCCCUGAAUCUGGUCCUAGUUUCUUUGGGUUUUUUGGGUCCAUUUAAGUUUGUGUCCAACAGCUGUCAUCUAUGUGAGCUCAGGCUGAAACUCAUCAAUAUUUCCGCUGUCAGUUAAUCUGUCCAUUAUUGUCUGGAUGACUCAAUCAGUCGUUUGGGUAAAACCAUGAAUCAGUGUUUCCUCAAAUGUCUUCUUUUGGCAAAUAUAUUUAGUUUACUGUCAUAGAGAAGGAAAGAAACCAGAAAAUAUUUACACUGAAGAAAUUUCAAUCAGAAUUUCGCCAGUUUUUAUUUUAAAAUUCCUUAACGGAGGAUUAAUUUAUUAGUUGGCAGCUGAUUGAUUUUUAUUGUUCUGCUAUAAAUUUCUAAUAUUUUACUCAUCCCACAAAAGGCAAAGUUUUAAAAGACAAUUACUCUGCUACACAGAAUAAAUAAAGUUAGAAAUAGUUAAAGUACACAGAAUAAAGGCAGGUUAUGUCGGAAAGUCAUUUUUUUCAGGUGUGUUUACCUGAAUAGGUACUGUUCACCCCUGGGUUUGUCCCAUUUCAUGUUGGUACUAUGUUCUGGACCUUUAAGACGUCUGGACUCAAACUCUUCUUUCUGAAUGUUUUCAGGGACCAUUGGCCUUCAGGCUCAGCUGUAGAUGUUUGUAAAGAAAGUGAAGAUUCUGUUCACUUUGAGGUCAACCCACCAAUCCUCAGUAAACCUGAAACACCUCCAGACACAAACUGUGACUGUUUGUCCGUGCAGGUAUCAGGACCUGCUGCGCUAGCAAAGCUAACUAAAAACAAACAGUGUGAAAUUAAACAAGUCCUUCCAAUCGCACUUAAUUUUAAAUUAGUAGAAAAAGAAAAUUAAGAAAAAGACAGCUAACAAGCAAACUAGUUUUCAUUGUUGCAACAAUAUGCUAACUGAACUGGCAAAUACAUUUAGUGAACACUUGGUACAGAUUUAGUGUGGAAGUUUGUUUAAAGUGUUUUAGUCGCCAGACCUCUGUAGCUGCUAAGCUAAUAUUCAAAGAGCUAGCAUUAAGUGGCUAAUGAUGACUAUGGAAUAAAACUUUGGCAUUCUGGCUACAGUAAACUAAGGACACUGCUAGCUCGCGGUUACCAAUUUUUUUUUCCAUCCUUUGGGCCGAAAGUAGGAUACAGAAUGUUCAUGCAGUAGUUAACGGAUAGCUUUGAAGAAAAUUUUAGCUGACUAAAUGUACAAACUCACAGUCUGCACAGUUAAAGUAUUUUUAGUCAUUCUCAAAACCAUGAACUCUUUAUAACUGUUGAGUCUAUAUUUAGAGAGGUCACAUUAGUUGGCUAAUGCUAGCUAGCUAUGAAUAAGUUAGCAUUAGCAGGUACUAGCCAGCUGGGGCUUCAUAAAUGGAUGAAAGGUGAGCUAAUACAUAACUAACAUCUCUGGCUCAACUUGCUGAAAAAAUGUUUUAAACUGAUUUUCAAAAUAUGUGUCCUUUAUUGCUAUGCUACGAACAAAGGUUAACUAGCGAAGUUUAGCUCAUGUUAAGCAGCUAAGGACAGACAUCUUGUUGUUUGCAGGUAAACUUCUGAAGUUGAAACCAUAAGUUGGACUGAAACAUGUUUCACUAUGUUACAGUCUAAAUCAAAUAAUAUUAAUAAUCAAAACUAAUUGAAUACUGUAUUUAUUUUUUGUUUAAAAUGGCAAAAAAACAAAAAAAGGCAACAUGACUUGUUUUCAUGAAUUCAAACUAAAUAGUCGGUACAUGUUUGAUAGGUUUUUUUUGUUUUGUUUUUUGAAAGAGACCCAAAACUUUUUAGCACAUGAAGUAAUAACUGUCAUUGCCAUGAGCACAGUAUAAAUAGUCAUUAAAUAUUUCUUUACACAAUCACAAAAUAAUGUGAUUUAAUGUUAAAUUUAAGUCACUUGAUUCUAUGCUGAAAUAUAAAAAUUCAGAUUUCAAAAGCCAGCAUUUUGACAUUUCAAAAGUAUUUUUUCUUCCAUCAGGUCCUGAUCCUGUUUAGACAAACUUUGCAUAACUGGACCAAUGAACAGUUUUAAUAUUUUUUUGUUUUGUUUGAACAAGACUGUAAUCUUCAUGAGUUUGUUAAAUGACUGUCAUGUUAAAGUGAUGCAUGAGGAAUCAAACAUGCACCUGUGCAGGUACAAACAAUCAUUCAGAGAAGAGGUUUAUUUUUUUAAAGCUACAUUUUGUACUAAUGAAGCUGCUUGAGAAGUGUGAAGAUGAUAGAACAGUCAAAUGUUGAACCUCCACCUGCUCAGAUUCAACAGAGGCUCAACCAGAAGGUACAAAUGUGAACUUAUACGAAGCAGAACCAACGUUAUGUCUGAAACUGGAAAUGUUCCUUCAAUAAGUGCCAGUGGUUCCCCUGAUGUUUGAGACUGUAGAACAGAUGGAGCGGCUGACUGGUGGACUGUACCUGCCCGUCUCACCUGUUUAAUGAAUUUUAAUAGUGUGGUUUGUUCUGCUGCUGGAGCCUGAAGCCCAGAGGGGACGAUGGGAGAUGUAGUGCGGUAGUGAAGCAGGUUCUGGUGCUGUGAUCAGUUCAUGUGCUAAAAUAAAAGCUGCAAACUGAA